AUGGUGUCCACGCAUUCUAAGGCUUCCGACAGCGAACCCAAGCGCCAAAGGAAAAUGCCUACCAUAGCAGAAAAGGCGGAUCUCUACUACAUGCUAAAGGAAGGGAAAAGCUAUGCGGCUGUAGGCCGCCUUUACGGGAUCAAUGAAUUUUCAGUUCGCUACAUAAAGGACGAAAAGAAUAGAAGGAAGACGGCUGCAGUGCCUUUUAACAAGACAGCGAAGAGGGUGAUAACUUCCCGCAAUAAGGACUUUGUGAGGGUGGAGUGA